AAACGCUGAAAUGGCUGGCAGUAAGGCAGGAAAAGACAGUGGUAAGGCCAAGGCGAAAGCUGUGUCACGCUCCCAGAGAGCUGGACAGCAGUUUCCAGUGGGGCGUAUCCACAGGCACUUAAAGACCCGCACUACCAGCCACAGACGUGUCGGAGCCACAGCGGCUGUAUAUAGUGCUGCCAUCCUUGAGUAUCUCACCGCUGAGGUACUAGAGUUGGCUGGUAAUGCCUCUAAAGAUCUGAAGGUAAAGCGUAUCACUCCCCGCCACUUGCAGCUCGCUAUCCGUGGAGACGAGGAGUUGGACUCCCUCGUCAAGGCCACCAUAGCUGGAGGCGGUGUGAUCCCCCACAUCCACAAGUCCCUGAUUGGGAAGAAGGGCCAGCAGAAGACUGCAUAGAGUAGACAGACGCCAUCUUGUUGAUCGGAACUGUGGAGGCGUGUGUUCGGACUGGACUCUGUUCGA